AUGUACACCGUCCCCACCAUCACCAUUGUCGCCACCCUGCUCAACCACAUCGCCCUUGCCACCUCACCUCGCUGCGAUGUAGACAUCGGCUUCGAUCCUCUCCUCGUCGCCUCUCAGGCCCAGAAGCUCUCAACCCACAGCUGGGAAUACGGAACCCUCUCCCAAGCCCUCCUAGAGCUUUACAGCCCAGAUCUUACAGCCUACUCUCACUAUGCCUUUCCCCACGGUAUAAUCCCCAAAGUACCAUACCAAGAUGUCCCAAGCCUUGACUAUGCAGCACAACACAUCCGCCUCAACACCUCCACCCUCAUCGAUGGCGACGGCGCAACAGGCGACCCGGCUUCUCUCGGCGUCUCAGCCCUACUCAUUGGCCAGACGGACCCUCGAUACCUCGUCGCAACGCAGCGGCAAUAUGAUUCUCUACUGGCAGCGCCGCGGUGGUCGAACGGUGCCAUCUCGCAUCGUGAGGAAAGUGUAGAGCUCUGGACCGACUUCAUCGCUAUGGCACCACCAUUCAUGGCGUACUAUGCUGCACAACAGCAGAACCUGGAGAUUAUGAGAGAAGUCGUAGAGCAAAUCGCUCUCUACCGCUCCGUUCUGCAAGUCCAGGCGGGCGACAUGAAGGGCGCGUGGCGCCAUAUCAUGACCCAGUCGCCGCGAGGAGAACGAGAAGAUCUGGGAGUAUGGAGUACAGGCAAUGCAUGGGUUCUUCUGGGAAUGGUGAGGGUUCUGGCUACGAUUGUGUACUGGGGUUCUACGAAGGGGGAAGUAGUGAUGCAGAAGAGGUUGAUGAGUUGGAUUGGGGAGAUCCUUGCUAUAGCUGUGCAGAGGGCACCGAGGGAUGGGAGGGGACUUUUGAGGAAUUAUUGGGAUGAUAGCACGUGGUUUGGGGAGAUUAGUGGGAGUGCGGGAAUUACGGCGGCGAUUUACAGGGUUGCCAUGUUGGAGGGUGAGAUGGGAUGGCAGAGGGAGAAGGUGGCGACGCCAGAUAUGCUCAAAUGGGCUGACGAGACUCGAGCUGCUGUCGCUGCGUGUGUUGAUGAGAAUGCCAUUGCGAGUCCAGCUGUGAAUCCAUUGGGAUGGGGAGAUCGUGAGCCGUAUACCAAGGGAAGUCCUGAAGGCCAGAGCUUUGUAGUGAUGAUGUAUGCUGCUUGGCGGGAUUGUUGUGAAUCUGGUGUAUGCCGUGUUAAGUAG